AUGGCAGAACUCCAGCAGGCUUCCCCAGAGGCCGUAAUCGCCGCAGUCUCCGCGCACACGGAGAUCGCGCAGGCCAUGGCCGCGAUGCCACCCGCGCAGCUGCAGCUGUGCCUCGGCAACAUGCAGAGGCUCGCGCAGGAGUCGCCGGAGGGCGCCCGCGCGCUGCUGCAGGACAACCCGCAGCUGUGCUACGCGCUGCUGCAG